UGGUGUUUUGGCGCCAACCUCCAUCAGCACGACUGACAAAUCAAUUAAAAAUAAAGAGAAUUUGGGAAUUAACAAUAAGUCUACAUUAUUUUACUCAUUUUGAAGUGUGUACAAGUACUGGUAUGUCACUGGAGAGGCGAUCUGACAGAGUGCGUAAAAAAGUAGAUUAUGCAAAGUUUUGUCAAGAAGAAGACAACAGCAGCAACAAUAGUGAUGAUGAUUUCCAAGAUGAAGCAGGACCGCCACCACCACCAAAGAAAACGAAAUCAAAAGCCAAGUCAAAUAUUAAAUCAAAACAAGAAGAGACAAAGAGUAAAGAAUCAGGAAGUUUAAAAAGGAAAGAAAGAUUGUCAAGAGAUGAAAAGCUGUACCAGAAAGAAUUAGAGGCUGCACUGAAAGCUUCCAUAGAAGACUCUCAGCUAUCAUCUGGUAGUAGUACUACACAUGAUAACCAGGAAGAAUUUUCAGAUGAUGAAGUAGAAGUUGCAUCAUCCAAAUCGAAAAAGCCCAGGUUACUUCCUCCUUUGGAGAUAGAAGACAACAACAAAGAGAACAAUGUCAGUGGCUCGCACACUAAUACAGACAAAAAAGUUCCAAACAUCGAAGUGGAGGAAAGAAGAAAUGAUGAAAUAAAAAAGAAACAAAGCAGAACAACAUCAGAUGUCAAGAAAGAGGUUUUAAAACAAGAACAAGAGGAAGAUGAUGGUCUUGAUAGUGAUUUUGAACUUAGUGAAGAGUUGAGCAAUGAGGAAAGCGUAAGUGAGGGAGAUGACAGUGAUUUUGAUGAGGAAACAGAACUAAAGAAAACAAAUAAGGGCAAAGGGCGAGGAAAGUCAGCUGUGAGUUCACCAGCCAAACCAAGUAUUAAACCAAGAACAAGUGUGACAGUUACACCAAUCAAGAUGUUAAAGGGCAAAGGCAGUGGUAAAGGAAAGGUUUCAUCUGCAAACAGCAGCCACUCAGUGUCAAGUUCUGCAUCAAACUCACCAUCAAUUGUGUCCAUCACAAGACAUCAACCUUUACAGCAAGUGAAGGUGCACUCCACCUCACUCAACAAAAACAAUCCAGGAAUGCAAACUGUAAAUCUUGGUGGAGUUAAAAUCAACAACACUGGCCCUCCAAUACGUCUUGGACUUUCAAGAAAUGUGCGAGUUAAACCACUUCAUUCAAAUGUGUCUGUUCAACAGUGAGCCUAACAUGGCCUAUGUGCUAUGUGCACUUGUCACUUCAGAAGAAUGCUAACACCUUGAAGCAAAAGGGAACAAUGAUUGCCAAACUGCAAAUUGACCCUCCUGGAAUUUUCCACAACAUUAUGUUGGCAGGUUCCUUAUGUAUCUCAAGAGGAUUUGGAAUACCAAUGUAAAGAGGAUGUAGAUGUAAAAUGCAAGGUACUUUGAGUAGCUCUAGGCAAAUUGAUACAGAGAAAGUUAAAUUGCAAGGAAUAACCCUUUUAACUACAAGGUUUAUUUUAAUAAAACUUUUUGACAAGAUGAAAGGCUUUUAAUGUCAAAUUUUAGUUCUAAAAAGGAGUUGUAGAAAUGCAGCAGAGUCACAUAUAUAUGCUAGUUUUCAAGAAAGUUUUAAUGUGUUUGUAACUCAUAAAUUGAAUUUUUUAUUCGUACAGCAGUGUUUAAUACCUGUGCAGUUCUUAGCUUUGAGAAAGUUCUCCAGAGAUCAGUUAAAUGUCACUAACUCUUAGUUAACAUUAAAAGUAUUAACAUGUAUGAUAAGUGAAAACUGUGAUAACUUUUUGACUUGUUAAAAAAAGCUAGAUGUUGGAAUAUCCAACGGCCUAUCUUUUUACACCUGAAGUAUUCACUUCUCAGUCAUAUUACUAAUUAAUUUUUGUCAGUAACAAAAUGCAAGAAACUCAGGCAUGAAGUGUCAAAUGACAAGACAGGCAUCUCAUUUCAUGCAUUAGCAAAAAGCUCAACCAAUCAUUCUCAUCAAUUUCAUGUUUCCAGGCUGAAAUUAACAAUGUUACUUACUUUUAAGUCUCCUUGCUUUUGAUUGGUAAGUAUCAGUGGAGUGGUUGAAUGAUAUUGGCUGGUGCCUUUUAGUACUGUAUUUUCAAUUCCUCUUUAAGAUAACUGAUUUGAUCUUACCAAAUACAAGGUGGUUGAAAUAAGGUAGAUCAAACUGGACUGUUUGGUGCUGCGCAAACAUUGCAAACUAAGGAACAUGUGAAGGCAGUUAAGAACCAAUUAGAUUCCAGCAUUUUGUUUAUUGACAAAAGUAAAUACUUAUUUCAAUCAGUCCUAGGAUGAAGUGCAGUAAAAAGCCCGAUGCCCAACUUUGCGAACAAGUCGCUCUGACAAAUCAUCAGUGAUUUCCUGAUCUUUUGAUAUUGUAAUUCUCGCCAGGUCACUAGUCACUUUCUCCAUGUCCACAUCUUGUGGUAAUCCAUUUGUAGGCAUUUCUGCUUGCUGCAAUCUUUUAACACCUUCUCUAAAAGUGCAACAAGCACUCUCCAAGUCCUCAUCAUAAGACAACUUCCGUGCUAACUCAGAUUCAUGCAGAACACUCACACUGUUUUGCAGUACAAUGCCUUUUGCGAGGCAGGAUCUUCGAUUAAGUUCUUCUCUAAGCAUCUUGGUAAGCUCUUCUACAUUAAUAUCUCCAUAUUUCUCAAUCACAUGUGGUAGGACUAUAUCAUGUGCAGUGCCAAUGAGACGCUCCAAGGAGAGAUCUUCUUUAAUGGCACACAUUAUAAUCUGUGAGUGGAGAAAUAUUGUAGAUUCUUAACAACAAGGAUGACAGAAUUAGGAUUUAGGAUAUAACUCUUAAUCAGCACCAGUGCCAUAAAUGUCUUUCCAGAAAAAUAAAUCUCUAAAUAGUUUGAAAAAAAUUAGGUGGCUCCAAACAUGGAAUAGAUUUUAAAAGAAACUUGCAAAAUAAGAAUUUGUUUUUACACAAAUUCCCAAAUGAUAUCACACAGCAGUCACCAAACCCAGUUUUCACCUACACUCUUUGUGAGGCUAUGUGACGCCUUUCUAUCUGAAAGACAUUUCAGGAUUGGUAUGGUAGGCAAUUGACUGACUACAAAAAAUCAGGACUGUGAGUUUGAUUUAUUCUCUCAUGCAAGCAUAAAAUUGAAAAUUUAGGUCACACUCCAUCAUCAAGUUAUAAAAGUAGGUCCCAAAGAUGGCAAAUUUUGAGUCAAUAGAGACCAAUGUUGCAUGUAAUUUGUCUAAGUAAAAUUCAGAAGAGCUGGUAUGUGGAAAGAGGGACUAAUGAAUAGGAUGCAGAACAUGCACAAUAAAAUUACUAAGA